CCUCCCAUCUCACUCAACAUCUAAACAAUUUUUCAUCCUCAUCCUCAUCUCUCCAAGAAGAUACUUCAUCUUUAUUUCUUAAUCACUGCUUGAUUAUCUUAAUAAUUGUAUUAUAAUAAUAUUCUCAAUUCUUUAACAAAGUGUUAACUAUCAUCACGAUAAUUAAGAGUAACAAUCAACAUUCAAUUGUUUCCAAGUAAAUUUACUAUUCUGUUUGAUUAUCAAAACAUCCCAAUGAAUACAUUGAAUAAUAAUCAUUGACGAUUGUGGAUUAUCAUUUACUCAUAUUGAUUUGAUCGAUUGAUUGUUUUUUUUUAAAUUACAAUUUAGUUUAACAAUUUAAUCAUGUCUAUCGACAGCAUUGAUGAGAUUGGUUCAAGUGCCAAAGUUUCAAUUGGUUUCAGUGUAUCGGAUAUAUUGAAGUUACCAACAAAUAAACAGAAAUCAAACUGUCCAAACAAUUUAUCAACUUCAUCAACAGCAAAAGUUUCACCAACAAUUAAAUCAUCAACUGAUAAUCAUGAUAAUUGCUACUCAUCUACAACGAAAGUUAAUCAACCAAAUAAGAUCACAAUUAAAUCAGAGGAAUCACCAUCAUUCUCAUCAUCAUCAUCUUCAUCUUCUUCUUCCUCUUCAUCACCAAUCGACAGAGAAUCAAAUAACAAUCAAACUAAUCCAUCAAUCUCACCUAAUCCAGUUAACCAUUUACCUUUAUACUAUUACGAUAAUCCCUAUUCUCGUUGGUUACCAUCAACAGAUCAUCUCCUUUAUCCUUCACCAAUCCAUUGUCCUGAAGGGAAGUGCUCAUCUUCAAUCGAUAGCGGUGGUAAAACCAACCCACCCCACCCAACAUCAUCUCUAUCCUCUUCCUCAUCUCCAUCUUCAUCCUCAUCAACUCCAUUAAACUCAUCUUCUUCUCCUUCAUCCCUUUCCCCACAUCUCCAUCAUUCGAUACCGGAAAUUAACGGUCAACAUAAUAUUCACCUUAAUCCACCUCAUCUUCCCCCACCACCACCACCACCACAACAACAACAACCUCCACCAACAACACCUUCUACACUUCAACACCACCACCAUCCACAUCUUGGUCACCAUCGUUCAUUACUCCAUCACCAUCAUCAUCACCAUUCUCGUGGUUAUCAAGGUUCAUCAUCAUCGAUUAACGGGACUUCCUCUUCAUCAUCAAUUUCACAUUCACAAACUUCAUCCAAGAUCCGUAAGAAACGGACUCGAGCCGCUUUCACUCACGCUCAAGUUUACGAACUUGAGAAACGUUUUAGUCUACAAAAGUAUCUAUCGGGACCCGAACGAAGUGACCUUGCAUCUUCAUUAAAAUUAACCGAAACUCAGGUGAAAAUUUGGUUCCAAAAUCGUCGCUAUAAAACAAAAAGGAAAACCUUACAACAAGAUUGUCUCGUUCAUUCAACACUUAACGGAUCAAAUGGAGGAAGUGGUAACAUCACUUCAACUAAUUAUCUUUCUAAUCAUCAUCAUCAUCAUUACAGUUUAUCCUCAUCAUCAUUAUCACCUAAUCAUCAUCAUCAUAAUCCUCAUCCUUUCCCUUAUCCAUCAACUUCAACGUUUCUUGGCUCAUCGAUUCAGUCUUUUGAUCUUAAUCGUUUCAUCACUGGCAUUUAAUUAACUUAAACAACAACUGCAAAUCAAUUAAAUAAUUAAACUUGAAACGGUUAACCCAAUCAAACCUUUUCCUCCCUCUAAAUUAAUUUCAUUUUAAAACUUGAAACAAUUAACAAAGAUUAACUUGGCAAGCAAAUACAAACAAUCAAUUAAUGAUUAAUUGUCUCAUCAACAAAUUGUAAUAACUCAUAAUAAUAAUAAUAACACCAUGUGAAAAUGAUUAAGACAGAAACUCACAAAAAUUGAAUCAAUAAAUUCUGAUAUGAUAA